AGAGAUUACCAAAGGCAGCAGAUAUAUGUUUUUGACCCUUGAUUUCUGGCCCUCAAUCUGAGUCCAUCGGAAAGAUCUGCCUUCUAAAGGAGAGGCAUGAACUUCCAACGCUAGCUAUUCCGGAGCCUGGAUUAACCACAUGUUAUAUUACAAUGGGGAAGGGAUUGCAGAGUGUCGAUGGAGACAAAUGUCAGCAGGCAGUACUACUCUUGCUCUUCAGGAUCAUGAAUUAUUUGCCAGUCCAAUGUGUAAAAGGGAUUCGAUUAUCAUCCAGUUGGAUUUGAAUCAGUAAACGUAUAACUGUACUCAGAGGAAGACCAAAAAGAGGAAGGAAAAAUUGUGCAAUCCAAAAUGAAAUGUGCUUCUUCCUGUGUGUCAGGGAGUACUUGUGCUCUGUCAAAAGGCACUGGCAGAUGUGAGACCACCAGCAACAGUUUGUGUUUAUCACGUGCAUUGCGAAGAGUGAAAUAUUCCAAGGAACUCCACAGAAAACAGUAUUGAAUACAAACUGAUAUCGAACCAUGAACUGAACAGGGAAUAUGGCCAUAAACACGGUCAGGUAGGACCAAUGUGAGCAAGGGUGGCAGAUACAUGGGAAUACUGCCACCUGCAAGUUCCCCACCAAACCACUCGCCACCCUGACUUGGAAAUAUAUCGCCGUUCCUUCAGUGUCGUUAGGUCAAAAUCCUGGAAUUCUCUCUUUAACAGCAUUGUGGGUCUACCUACACCAUAUAGAGUGCAGUGGUUCAAGAAGGCAGCUCAUCACCACCUUCUCAAGGGGCAACUACGGGCAGGAAAUAAAUGCUGGACCCAGACAGCGAUGCCUACAUCCCUGAAAUGAAGUUUGAAAAUUAUUUGCUGGGAGCCAAGGAACCGGAACCACCCCCCCACCCGCUGCAGUCAUUAGCCAUGUCCUCAGCUCUGUGACUCCAAAAGUGUUCCCAUUGAAUAGGGCAGUUGUGGUGCAUUUCAACUCGUGAUCACGUCUGUGCAGUAAAAUCAUUCCUUAGCGAAGCUGCAUGUCCUCUAAGAGCCAACAGCAGCCCUUUAAGAACUGUUGACAGGCAGAAAAUUGUGAUAUACAUCCCACAGCGUCACUGACUUAGACCCCUUAAGGUAGGAGCUCACAUCACUGCACGAAGAGUGUGGAGAGGGGUCUCGCUUCAGGCCCCUACCAUCCUGGGCGUGUCUGCGUAUAGUGCUGGUGCCACAAACCAUCUGUUUGACGAGACAGACGACUGCUAGAGGUUAAACGAUCUAUCACAAAGAACAAACAACAGGAUGUUUGCACCACCUUUUGAUGCUGUCACAUCGCAGCGUUGAUUGUACAUUGAAGCUACUUGUUGGAUUUGGGGGAGACGGGAUCAGGACCACUCCAUUGUUUUUGCAGAGGUGGUUCAACAGUGGGAGAUAUUCCCAGCAUCUGUUGGCCUGGUUAUAAUUGUUUGCAGGCUUCAUCUUCAAACCAACGGUUACAGGUGAAACAAAGCACUCUGCAGAGGGAAUAUUUAGGGGUAUAGUGAAAGACCCCUUGCAAAGCCAAAUUAAUGUAAAAAAUUUAGAUGAGGAAAUGGAUUGCUUUCGACAUAACUCAGUACUUGCAACUGUGUUAUAAGAAAAUUAACACAAUUCUUUGCUAAUGGCAACACGUCUCAGUUACCCAACGAGCCUCCCUGGCAAGGGAAAGGGAGUCAGAAAGAUGAAAAACUGUCAGUGUUUGACAUUUCUCAUGAUUUAUCUCUGCAGCGUCAGCAGUGAGAAAUGUUCCACGGGUACAACAUGCACCGAUGAGGAUAAAUGUCAGACAAAACCAUGUGGGUCCAAUGCUAUCUGUCACAACACUCCCAGCAGCUUCUACUGCACCUGUGAGAAUGGAUACUACUCAACUGGAGACAGAAAGUUCCGGAAUGCAGCAGCGGCCUCUUGUUUAGAUUAUGAUGAGUGUCGCAACAUUCAAACAGUAUGCGGUAGCAAUGCAAUGUGUCACAAUACAGCUGGUGGAUUCUACUGCCUGUGCGACAAAGGAUUUUCCCGAGUAUCUGGCCAGACCAAGUUUACAGGUUAUGGAGCUGGGUGUGAAGAUAUCAAUGAGUGCCUCCAAGAUCCCUGCCAACCUGACAUUGUCUGCCAGAAUUUAAACGGAAGCUACAUUUGUAUUCCUCAGCCAGGAUUUAUGUCACAAAACGUUAACAAAGUCACUCAGAGUCCGUUUUUGCAAUGUCUAGCUGUUCUCCUGAAAGACCAAUCCAUUAUCGAUAAGUGUUACUCCCAGCAUCAAGCAGGAUCACAGACUACAGUUGAUCAACUUUGCUCUCUCAUCAAGCCGACGCUCACGUUUGCAGAAAGUAUGUGCCAAGACGAGAUCCCCAGAUCAGCACACAGCCCUAUCACAUUAAGAAACGUCAUGAGCUUUGGAAACAAAUUCAUCAAUGACAGUUCCAUGCUGGAGAAAGUGGACAAUGAAAAUCAACUACAGUCAACCUCAGUGUUCUUGAAUGCCAUGGAAAGUUUCACCCUAAAUGCAGCUUUGGCCUUACCUGGCCAAAAGGCCAAGAACAUAGCAACGCCAUAUUUAGAUCUUGAUGUUCGCGUCAUCCAAACGAAGGAUCAUUCAAAUAUACCUGACAAAAUAACCCUCCACGCGAAUGAAAACAUAAUGGAUGCUUAUUCACGGACGGUGACCCAGGGAGGAGCUGGAGGGUCUAUCGCCAUUGCUUUCAUCUCAUACGACCAACUGAACUUCCUCCAGAGCGGGGAUUUCAUCGAGAACGAAAGGUCAAGGCCUUACCAGUUGAUCUCGGGAGUGGUGUCGGCCACAUUCGGAAACCACAGAUCUCACAAACUCAGCAUGGGAGUCAACAUCACUCUGAAACACAAAAAGAGAGCUGAAGGACGGCCAGCAUGCGUUUACUGGAACCACAUGAAGGGCAGAGGUCACUGGUCACCUGAGGGGUGUGUCGUGAUCACUUCGAACGAGACCCACACAGCUUGUGGCUGCCACCAUUUGUCCAGCUUCGCUGUUCUCAUGGCGGCUGUUGAGGAGGAUAAUCACUUCAGUUGGAACCUCAGUGUCAUAACACAGGUUGGAAUCAGCCUGUCACUGAUCUGCCUGGGCUUCACUAUCGUCACCUUUCGGUUCUGCACCCAAGUUACCAACCACAACAACACCAUCCACAUCAACCUGUGCAUCACCAUGUUUCUGGCUGAGCUACUCUUCCUGGUGGGCAUUCACAGAACUGACAACAAGGUUGUGUGCACCAUCGUCGCGGCAUGUUUGCACUACUUUUUCCUGGCUGCCUUUGCUUGGAUGUGUGUGGAAGGAAUUCACCUUCACCUCAUGGUCAGGAACCUCCAGAAAAUCAGCAACUCCUGCGCCCGCAACGUGCUGCCGUGGUUCAUGUACCCCUUUGGAUAUGGAAUGCCGGCCAUAAUCAUCGUCGUUUCCGCAGUAGUGUAUCCCACUGGUUAUGGGACACACCACUAUUGCUGGCUGACAACUGAGCGUGGAUUCAUCUGGACUUUCAUUGGCCCAGUCUACGUGAUAGUUCUGUUUAAUACGAUGCUGUUUGCUGUGACCUUGUGGAUACUGAAGGUACAACUCACUCGCCUGAAUGCAGAAGUCACAAAAAUUAAAGACAUGAGAAUUCUAACACUUAAAGCCUUUGCACAAGUGUUUGUCCUGGGUUGCACCUGGAUUCUUGGCCUGUUCCACUUUCAGGCUUCCAAAUUGGUGACGGCCUAUUUAUUCACCAUCGUCAACAGUCUACAAGGAGUCUUUAUCUUCAUCGUCCUCUGCUUAUUAAACCGACAGGUGAUAGAUGGAUACCGGACCUGGCUCAACAAGCUGUGCAUGAUCAGGAAGAAACCUGCCUUCACGGAUUCUGGGUCUGCAAGUGUGCCGAUGACCAUGUCAAUGUUAUCUCAACAAGACAGGCUUUAAGGCAUUUGGCAUCAAGAAUACAUUCUUCAGGAACUUCCAGAUUGAAACCCAGUAUCAUUGUCACAGCUGCAAAAUCAAUGAAGAAGGAAAAACAUUUCGGUUGCCUCAAUGGAUAGAUGAAGAUGCAGCAUUGCAUAGGUGGUCUGGAAAAUGAAGACAACUCCAGGACUAAUAGCUGACUUCAUUGUUUGUACAGUAGACAUGUCCAGGAAAAAAAACAGCCUUGCUUCAUGCCCACUGGUACAGAGAGUCAUGGAGACCAGGGCACUGCCACCUGGAUGACCACAUGCUUCAGAUUGGCUUGGCUGGCACUAAGUCUUGCCUUCCUUUGGGUGUUGAGUUGGGACCUCCCUUCUGCAUAUAUCAACCUGUAGAAAGUGGACCCUGUCCGAUGGUGGAGCCUGCUCUCAGCAGCAACACCUCGCCUAUCUCCAUUCCUUCACCCUCACCCUCUGCGAAUAUAUUCUCUUCAGACAAUUAUACUGUUUGUUUUUUCACUGUGAAGUCUCCCAUUGAGCCUGCCUCCAUUACAAUCUCAGGCAAUGCAUUCCAGACCUAAUACUCAUGCUCCGGUUCUCAAACCUUCAGAAAGCAGAAAUGUUUUCUCCCCUUACUGGUGGGAUAUAAACCGAGGCCUCACUGGGCCCUGUACCGUGGAUGUGGAAGCUUCCCAGCCGUUAUUUUGCAAGGAAUUGUGAAGUUCUCCUCUGGCCAAUAUUUCUUCCACCAGUUAGUGAAAAGAAAGCGGUUGGUUUGGACAUGAUCUCGUUGCUGUUUGUAGGAGUCACUGUGUGCUUUUCAGGGGUGGGGGGGUCAGUGUAUGCUCCUUUACAACAUUGACUUCACUGCAAAGGUGGUUCAUUGGCUGUAAAGCACUUGUGGGAUCACAACAGGUGCUGUAUAAAUGCAAGGACUUUGUUUCACCUUGAUUGAUAAAGGUUGGCAAGCCUAUUCUCUACUUAGAUUAAAUAAGGUGCUUGCCUUGUUUAGAGUCGCAGUGUCAUACAGCAUGGAAACAGACUCUUUGGUCCAACCAGUUCACACUAACCAUGCUCCCAUAAUAAACCAGCCUGUGUUUGGCCCAUAUCUCUCCAAAUCUUUCCUAUUCAUAUACUCAUCCAAAUAUCUUUUAAAUGUUAUAACUGUACCUGCAUCCAACACUUGCUCUGGCAGCUCACUGCACACACAAACCACUAUCUGUAUAAAAAAGUUGUCCCUUGUGUCCUUUUUAAACCUUUCUUUAAAAAUAUGCCCACUAGGUUUGAACUUCCCCACCCUAGGGAAAAGACUCUCGUCAUUCACCUUACCGAAACCCCUCAUGAUUUUAUAAACUUCUAUAAGAUCACCCCUCAACCUCCUUCACUGCAGUGGAAAAAGUCCGAGCCUUUCCAGUGUAUUUUUAUAUGUCAAACCUUCCAUUCCUUUCCAUUGUUAUUUUUAAAAAAGUCUCUACUGUAGGAUAACUCUUUCAAGAAUAAUCUGUAGCCCUCAGUAUGUCAGGGCUUAGAGAACAGAGCAAGCUCCAAGUAUUUGACCAAAGCUUUGCAGGUUAUUGACGCCAGGUUUAUCUUUUAUGUAAGCCAUUGAUUUGAACUGUGCAUUAUUCCUGUAAAUAAAAAACGUAACAGUU